GAGCAGCUGAAUUGAGUAGGGUACCUACCGUAGAUCAAUGUCUCUCGACAAGUGAGGAAGAAUCACGAGAAUGCUUGAGGCAGUGGGCAGCGGGGGCAAUACGCCCGUCUUCCUCUGUUUCCAAUUGAGAGUCUCGCUUAUUGUUCAUUGCGUGCGAGGUACUUGUAAUGCUUAAGAGAGGUGAGAGGAACAGGUGUCACCGCCCAUUGCUUCACGUCGUUUGAAGGCUCGGUUGGUGCAACUGUGUCCAAGAUGGAGCGAGCUCAAUCCACUGGGAAGCUUUCUGCAAUGGCUAAGGCAAAGACAGCGUUUCAAACAUUCUCUCAGCGUGCUGAGAAGCUCCUUAAUGAGGUGAAGGCAGAGAUAAGAGGACAUGAGGGGAACAGCAGCUCGCAACCAUCACCAAACGCUUCCAAAUCAUCACCAUUGCAGCCCCUGCCGUGGACUGCAAAAAAUAUGCACGAAAAGAAGCACGAGGCAGAUUUCAAGCGGGGCAUCCUGGAGAUUUCGCAGAAACCAGAGGAGUACUUCCUUGGUCCCUAUGAUGAGAACCUGAUCAUUGACAUGAGGGCGGCGAUGGCAUCAGCGGGAGCAGUUCUCGAGGUGGAUGACGCGCUCCGAGCACUGCGCUACCAGCUCGUUCCAAAGAAGAUGAGCGACCCUGAGUUCUGGAAGCGGUACACGAUCGCCGUGAAGCGCAUCAAGCAGGAGGUUCUGGACGCAGCAGCCAGCGAGGACGUUAUCCCGGAAAGCUCGUUGACGGACAGCGUAAUCAUCAGCCGCCAGGAGUCGGGUCUCGACGCCCUGCGUGCAGCGGCCAAGCACGAACUGCACGAGACGCCCGUGUUCCUCCCCCUGCCCAUUCCGCCAUCCACCACUGUGCGACGGCUGAGCCGGGCUGCCCAGUUCUCGAGGGCUUGCUCCAGUAUGAACGAUCUGUCAGCUUACGAAGGCGACGCCUCGGAGCAGAACGGCGAUAGUGGCGACCCGUGGGCCAGUCUCGUGAGCGGUCUGCCGGGUUUCGCGGCCAAGACGAAGCCCAAGAACAGGCCGAGUAACACGGCCGGCGCGGCAGAGUAUCACGCGCUGCUUUGGACGCUGUUUGAGGCGGACGCCACGGCAGAGGACCUUGCCUCGAGCUCAGCAGCAGGCGUUCUCGAACGGCCGCACACGUUUGCAGAAGACAUCCAGGGCGCCCCGGCCGACAGCUUUGUGGCGCAGCUCGCGGAAGUGAUGGCGGGGAUCAAGACGGAGCAGAAGAUGGCCGCCUUCUGGCUGGAGGUUGUGAAGCAGUUGCGCAAGCACUGGGCGGAGCGACGGCCCGUCCCUCGCACACCUGUCGACGCGCAACCGGAGCUCUACUUUUGCAACCUGCAGCAACAGCUCGAGCUGCUCAACUGUUGCAUUGCACGGGGGAAGCGGCGAGCCGCCGCGGUGGAAGCCGCAAGGCUGGCGGCAACGGCAGCUGCGGCAGAAGCAGCCGCUCUAGUUCCGACAAAGUCCCCCACAGAACCCCCAAUCGCGUCCAGCAGAGCCCCAGAAGACGAAAGCCCUAGCGCGCCGUCCGACUUAGUCGACCAGUCCGCCCGAGAAGCGGACUCCGAAGCUUCUCCCGCUCAAGAACCGCGUACCAAUUUGGAAGCGCAAAUAGGAGAGAGCGAAGGGGAAGAGAGGACGAACGGGAACGCCGAAUCAUUGCAAUACCACGAUGGCGAUUCUCGAUCUCAAGUCAGCCCCAGCCAAAGUGUAGAGGCGAGUAGUGGGGCAAACGGUGCUAGUGUUGGGGCGCCCCACAAUAGCGGAGCCCCAAAAAGGGCGAUCCGGGAAGGGGUUGAGUGCGCAGUUCCAGGGAUGCGGCUGCUCGCGACGGGGGAGCAGAUGUAUGCGCCCGUUACUCAGGAGGGGCCGAUUCUCACCGAGGACCUUAUCAAGGAGACGGAGGAGUUGGUGCUCAAGACUGGCAGCGUGGGCCACGGGUGCAAGCAGCUCCUCUCCGACAUGCAAGCGUUCAAGGCGGCCAACCCGGGGUGCACUCUCGAGGACUUCGUCCGCUGGUACUCCCCCCCGGACUUCAUAACCGGGUCAAUGCCGACCCCCCCUGCAAAAAGCAGGCACGGAGACGAGGGGCCAGAGACACCCCAAAAGGGCGGCACAGAAGGCCCGCGGCCGGAAGAGAACCCUGUGACACCAUCUCCUAGUCGGGCCCCCGACGCCCCCGAGCCGCGCGCCUCCCCCCUCACCCCCUCCCGCCUUGCCUCCCGCAAGUUUUUCCAGAAAGGCGCGCUCAGUGCGCGCAUGCAGUCCGAGGGCAACCUGUGGCAGGAGCUUUGGGCGUCCGCACAACCGAUCCCCGCUGUACGGCAGGCGCCGCUCUUCGACGAAGAGCUGGCGGGGGAGACCGCACUCGACGAACUGGCCAGCAUCGCACCGUCCGACCUUUUCGAGCAACUCUUCGUGGUUGCCUUGGGGGCGGGCUUUGCUGUUGCGCAAGCGUCGCCGCAGGCGGCCCGGGAACCCCUCAGAAGCUGCCUGGAACAGUGCGCCGUGUAUGCGGCCGAGACGUGCGGGCGGCAGAUGAGUCCGGCGAAGCUGGAGCGGCUGUGCCAGGUGUAUGAGACGAUGGAGCAUGCCGCCCUGUUACCACCCGAGGAGGAGCACCCCGCUUCUGCAUCUGCAGAAGCACCUCAGGAUAGGGACUCAAAGCAGAGCAAAAGCGACACGGCUGAUGAGGAGAAGAACGACAAAGCAGAGGUUGUUGCGAAUGGAACAGCAGCUGGAGACGUAGAAAGCGUGAAGCAGGUGCUUGAUGUAGGCUCGAAGGAGGGCUCUUCGGAAAAUGGGACUAAUAGGUUGCAAGGACAGAAAACCGAAGAGGACUGGACAAUACUGUAGAAAUUGACUUGGACUAAACUCGUGACUGUAUUAUACAGGUCUGUUGAUGGAGUGUAUGUACUAUAAAAUCACUUGCUCUUCUCACGAGCAGGUCCUGGCCAUCGGUACCGG